GGCGACGUGAUCCCUCCGACGACCUUGAACAGCCCAGAUUUGUGAAGCCCAGCAAGUUUCGUGGUGUUAUUUUUUGUUCCGGCAACAUUCGAGGUUGACCCACUCUUGCUUUAGCCAAAUUCAUGUUACCCACUCCCUCGGCAUUGUUUCGACGUUGACCCACUCCUAAUCCAAGAGGUUUUAGUGUGAGUUAGUAGGGAAUCCUUCGACGAGAUUAGUGGUGUGUUAGGACCCGUGUGGUUGGGAAAUGCUUUCUGGAGUCAAAUUUAUUCCUCGUGAAAAAGUGAACGAAGGUAAUGAGAAACAAAAAAGUAAGAGAAAGAUGACUUGUUACAGUAGUUCAGAUGAUGACGAUGACGAUGACGAGUAUCAAAAUACAAAAAAUAAGAAGUUUGGGAGGAAGAAACGGGACUCGUCAAAGGAUUAUUCAACAUCCUCAACAGAUAGUGGCAGCAUUGAAAAGCAACCAAAAGAGAGUAGAAAAGGUGAAAGAAGACGGGCGAGGAAAAGAAAGAGUCGAAAUUGCAUCCUUGAUGACAUCAAAGAAACUUCUUCCAAAGGUGACAAGGAAAUUGUUAGAAAAGAAAUGGGGUUGGAUUGGAUGCUUAAACCCCAAGAAAGUAUGCAUAGAAGCUCAAAUGAAUCUAUUGAUAGUCAACAAUAUGAAGCUCCUACGGAAAUAAAUAUGGUAAAUCCCAAGGAAUUGAAUCCAUAUUUUAAAGAAAAUGGAACUGGUUAUCCGGAGGCGAGUGAUGGGACCAAAUUAAAUACAGACACAGUUCCACCACCUCGUGUUGUUGGGGAUGGGGGUGCUAGUUGGAGACUUAAAGCAUUGAAGCGUGCUGAGGAACAAGCAGCUCGAGAAGGACGGAAGCUUGAAGAGGUUGUUGAAGAACGUUGGGGUUCUCUCGGCCAACUUGCUGUCUCAGUAGCAUCCGGUAAAGUGGCACCAUCACGUUCUCAUCUGCAUGCCAUAAGAAAUAGAAAGAGAGGGCUGGCCGAUGAUGAUCAAGUUUCCAACAGUCAAAAUGAAAGUGAUCCUGGAAAGAGCUCUGCGAGGGACUACUUGAAAGACAUCUCUUCCAGACACCCUGAAAUGAGGGAACCUAAAGUUCGAGAUUCUUUGUCUUGGGGAAAGCAAAAAAGUCAAAAUACCUCUUCAAAGGAUGCUGGCUUCAUUUCAUUAGCCAUGUCCAGUUUAAAUAAGUUCUCAGAUGAUGGAAGUUUUGCAUCUGAAUUUCUCAUACAACAAAGUGAAAAUGCUAAUGAUGAUCCAACAAAGACAAAGGUGCAAUCAGAAUUGGUUUUCUCAAAGUCUGAGAAGUCCAACGAAGAUUCUGUUUCAGCUAAGGAUGCAAUGAGUGCAAAUCAGUUGGCUGCAAAGGCAUUUCAGCUUCAAAUGAAAGGAAAACACGAUGAAGCCCAAAAGCUUUUGCAAGAAGUACAAAAUAUGAAGGCGACAGAGAGUGUUGAAGGGAAUUAUGUUAAGCCGCAAAAUGAACGAAGCACAGCUAGAAAACCUUUUCCAGAUACAUCUAGGAGGAAAAAGGAGAAUGAUGCAGAUCUUUAUCUAGCUAAAAAUAUAAUGCAGAACAAGCAGUACAGCAUGUUUAGUCGAGCAGAUGAUGAAUAUGAUUAUGAAGAUGGUCCAAGAAAAAAGGCACAGAGAAAAAGGGGAAGCAACGAUGAUAAGCUAUCUGGGAAGGAUAUUCGUCAAAGACAUAUGGCAACUCAAGAAGAACGUUGCAUCUUUUGCUUUGAAAAUCCGAACCGGCCAAAACAUCUAACUGUGUCAAUAGCAAAUUACACAUACUUGAUGUUGCCUCAAUGGGAACCUGUGGUUACUGGUCAUUGCUGCAUUUUACCUAUUCAACAUGAAUCAUCUACAAGAAGUGUGGACAAAACUGUGUGGGAGGAAAUUCGCAACUUCAAGAAGUGUCUUAUAAUGAUGUUUGCAAAGCAAGAGAGAGAUGUGGUUUUUCUAGAAACAGUUGUGGGUUUGGCGAAACAACGUCGACAUUGCUUGAUUGAGUGCAUUCCUUUGCCCCAAGGAAUAGCGAAAGAGGCUCCUCUAUAUUUUAAGAAGGCGAUUGAUGAAGCAGAGGAAGAGUGGAGCCAGCACAAUGCCAAAAAACUAAUUGACACAAGUGAAAAGGGACUGCGUGGAUCAAUUCCAGAGCAUUUUCCAUACUUCCACGUAGAAUUUGGGUUGAACAAGGGGUUUGUGCAUGUGAUAGAUGACGAAAAGAAUUUCAAGACCAGUUUUGGCCUCAAUGUCAUCAGAGGUAUGUUACAGCUAGCUGAGGAAGAUAUGCACCGGCGACGUAGAUACGAAUCUAUUGAGGUGCAAAAGCAUGCUGUGGCGAACUUCUUGCAAGAUUGGGAGCCUUUUGACUGGACAAAACGACUAUGAAUAUUCUGUACAAUUAUGUUCUAUUUUGCUUCAGUAAUAUUUGACUUCAAAUGGUUGGAUAAAGUCUUGGCAAAAAGAUUCUGAAAUAGGUUUCAAGAAGGGGAAUGUGCUCUCUCUCUGUUUCCUUUCCUAUCUUUUUUGGUUUAUUCCCUCGUGUCUCCAUAAUAAUAGAGUUUUAAUCUCAUGAAUUAUAUUGGUUGCCGUGGUUAACAA